UUUAUUUUGGUAAUUUAAAUCUAACAUAACCUCACAUGUCGAAGAUUCAAUUCGAGCUGAAGAAGUAAGAUAUAUUUAUACCUAAUAAGAAGUAGAAUUAAAAGAAUCUCUGCGACUGGAGAAUGAUAUGAACGGAAAUUCGAACUCUAAAACGUGACCAUUGAAAGAAACUAACUAAUAACCUCACUUUUAAAAAAUUGGUUCUAAACAUAACAUCUAAAAAACACAUUAAUAGUUUAAUUAACAUAUAAUAUAAUGAACAAAUAGAAAAAUUGUGUCCUAAAUGGAAUUUUAAAUAUAUACACUCCUUACAAAUCGGAGUCACUGAAAGAAAUUGAGUCUUCGUUGAAUUAAAUGAUAAUUGGAGGUAAAUCAAUGAAUAAUUUUUUAUCAAUUCUUAGCAGUGGCAAUCACUAUUUUGUCACAUAUCUAUGAUGUAGAAGGAAAAAGUGUUUUUUUAAUGAAACAUUUCUUUUUCUCAGAGCUGGAUUGGACAUAUUUUUUAUAAUAACUCAUUAAAAUACGACCAGGAUCGUUUAAUGGUUUUAUAUUAGGACUUCUAUGGAAGAACAUGAAGAUCUGACUUCUUUCUUGUUUUAUUCAAUGCAAAAAACCUAAUUUUAUACUUGGGUUCCAUUUUCAUACAUCUACAAUUCAUAAAAAAAGACAAGAGGUUAUUCUCCACAUUCUACAAAAAAAAUGAUUAUUAUCACAAUUAUCUUAUCAUUAUCAUUCGUACUGUUUUGGUACGUGAUAAAGCGGUUUUACAAAACAAAACAUAAUUAUUGGAAUUUAAAAGGGAUCCCUUAUUUAACCCCCUCAUUUCCAUUUGGAAACUUUCAAAACCCUCUAAAAUUAAAAAAGUCAACUUAUCUUCACCUUCAAGACAUUUACAAUCAAUUAAAACUAAAAGGCGCUAAAAUUGGGGGAAUGUACGUCGGAACAAUGCCGUCGUUACUUCUAAUCGAUCCAAAUAUCAUUAAAAAAGUGUUCGUUCAAGAUUUCCAAUAUUUUAUGGACCGCGGCGUUCAUUGUGACGAAAUUAGCGAACCUUUAUCGGCGCAUUUAUUCGCAUUAUCCGGGCAAAAGUGGAAAAAUUUAAGAGUCAAAUUAACCCCCACUUUUACAACGGGAAAAAUGAAGAUAAUGUUCUAUAUUUUAAUAGAAUGCGCUAAAGUUAUGGUACAAAAAAUGAACGAUGAAACAAAAAUUAAUCGCGAUUUGGAUAUAAAGGAAAUCGUGGCUUGUUACACAACCGAUGUUAUCGCUUCAGCCGCUUUCGGAAUUAAAUCGAAUAGUUUCGAGGAAAACUCCCAAUUCCGUUUUUAUGGAAGGAAAUUAUUAGUGAACACCCCCGCGAGGCUUUUUCGAGUGUUUUUCUUAGAUUUUUAUCCCAAUUUUGCAAAGAAACUGGGUUUAACCGUUUUUGAAAGAGACAUAAACGAUUUUUUUAUGAAAAGUGUUAAGGAUAUGAUUGAAUACAGAGAAUCCACCAAUUUUAGACGAAACGAUUUCUUUCAAAUCUUAUUAGACUUAAAAAAUAGUAAAGAUAAAGAUCAAAAUUUAAGCGUAAACGAAUUAGCCGCACAGGCUUUCGUCUUUUUCACCGCUGGAUUCGAAACCAGCUCAACUACAAUGCAAUUUGCACUUUACGAGCUUUCUAAACAUCCGGAAAUCCAACAAAAAGCUCGCGAAGAAGUUUUAAAUGUUUUACAAAAAUCUAACGGGGAGAUUAAUUAUGAGAUUUUAGCCGAAAUGAAGUACUUAACACAAAUUAUUGAGGAAACUAUACGUAAAUAUCCACCACUUCCUUUUCUAAACAGGAAAUGUGUAAAAGAAUAUUUCGUUCCUGAAUGUAAUGUAACUAUAGAUGAAGGCACAAGAAUUAUGAUUCCGCUUUUCGGACUUCAUUACGAUGAGGAAUAUUUCCCCAAUGCGAAUGAGUUUAAUCCGGAACGUUUCAACGAAAUAAACAAACCUAAAAUACCUCCGUUUGCUUAUUUACCCUUUGGGGAUGGCCCUAGAAUUUGUAUUGGGCUUAGAUUUGGAAUGAUGCAAUCGAAACUUGGGUUGGCGUUAAUUUUGAAACAUUUUCGCUUUACUCUCAGUGAAAAAACGAUUGAACCUGUUGGGUUUCAUAAGAAUAACUUUUUGGUAUCUCCUGAACAUACUAUUUAUUUAAAUGUUACGAAAUUAUAAGCAUAAAUACAAUUUUUUACAACAAA